UUUUUCCUUUUUAUUUCCGAGUGACAUAUGAAAAUGCACACUAAUUCCAUUCCCUCUGGUGUUUUCACUAUUAUAAAUAAGAGAACCAGAUCGCUAUAACAAUUGCAUUUGCAUGGCCACUAAUUUACAGAAACGUGGACUGGUAAGCUUGGGGAAACGAUUUGUGAACAAGAUAACUUAUUCAACUUCUCGAAAUUCUGCCAACUCAUCAUCUACUACACUCUCCGGCAGGAAUGUGGUGCACACGUCAGUGUAUGACAAGAAUAUAGAGGAAUAUGUGUCAUCGUGGGUACCUGAUGAAGUAAUCGAGAUAGAAUCGGACAAAUACAAGUACUGGACUCCUCAUCCCCAAACAGGGGUAUUUGGGCCAGCUACUGAUCACAUUAUAAAAUACGGUGAAUAUGGUUCUCAAUUCUCCACGGUAGAUUCUGUGUUGGAACAAAAGACAUUUUUUCGUGAUUUUGAGGAUCUGGAGAAGCCUAGUUAUCCUUAAGUUUCACAAAACAUCACAACAGAAAAUACUACUAGCAGGGAAGGUGAAAGAGGUGUUUCGUUUGUUGUGUUCUAUGAAUAUGUGAUAUGUUUAGUUAAUUAAUGGAAGUAUAAUAUGGAGUAUGUAUAGAAUAAAACUAGCUACUCUGUGUGGGCUGCUUUUAUAUGAUCAUAUGGUGCAAUACAUACUAUCAAACUUCUCUGUAAUAUCGUUUGUUUGUCCAAAUUAAAAAAAAAAGGUUAGUAUUGUAUAAAGAAUAUGUAAUAGAACAUAAGAUUAAAAGUUGGUUCCAAGAAGCUAACUAUUGUAAAAA